AUGGGUUUUUGGGUUUGCUUGCAGGUGUCACAGCUGCUACCAGACACGUUCGCAGCGAAUCGCAACCUGUCAGCGGUGGACCUGAGUGACAACCAGCUGGACGGACUGCCCGCUGAACUGUUCAGACACAACGCGCUGCUCACCCAGCUGAAGCUAUCCGGGAACCACAUCGAGGCGCUGCACGUGGACACCUUCAAGGCCAACAGGCUGCUGCAGGAGCUGGAUCUUUCGGACAAUCCACUGCUGGAGCUUCCAGCGGGUCUCCUCCAGCACUGCCCACACCUGCGCUCGCUGAACUUCUCCAGGACGCGCGUCUCGGCACUGCACCGCACGGCGUUCUCCAGGAACGCUGCCCUGGAGUCGCUGGACCUCUCCAGCAACAGCCUCCAGGCGCUCCCUGCGGCGCUGCUGCCCAACCACGGCCGCCUCUCCAGGCUGGACCUGUCCAGCAACCAGCUCCGCUCCAUCCCGGAGAAGCUCUUCAGCGCCACGGGCGGUCUGCGACUUCUCAACCUCAGCCACAACGGUAGAAGCCGCAUGACGUUCUAUGACGUCACUCUGCCCUCAGAUGUGCACUUCUUGCCGCCUGGAACCCUCCGGAGGACUCCAGAGCUGCAGGUGCUGGAUGUUUCCUGGAACCAGCUGCGUACCCUGCCCAGGGAGUUGCUAUGGUGGGCUCCAGCGCUGGAAGAGCUCCGCCUCGCUGGAAACCGUAUUUCCAGUGUGCACCCGGAGACACUUUCUGGGAAUCCCAGGCUCAGCAAUGCCAUUGUGUGCCAGGCAUAG